GAAAAUGAACAAAAUAAGUAUUUAAUUUCUCACUUCGCUGUUCUUCUCUUUCAUUCCCUCGUUUUUUCUACUGAAACUUGCGCCAAACGCUGAAGCAAUUUGACCUUGCUCAUCAACCACGCUUGGGGAGAACUCCAUUUUAGGACAUUGAAGCAGAGGAUGGAGAAGCUGAAGUGAAGAGAUUGUAUUUUAAAGUUCUUUCUUAUUUUUUUUAGCUACUAGUAUUAAAAGCCCCAAAAGAGGGAGAGCAGGUAGAUAGAGAAGGAAGAGGACAGGCCAAUACAAUUAGUGGUGAACCCAUUUAUACAUUUCCCCCACUUUCUACUCUCAACUCUCACUUAUGGAUUUGGAUAUGGACCUUGAUGAUAUUUUCAGAGAUGAUGAAGACGACUUUGACAAUGAUUUCUAUCAGCAAAGAGAGGCAACCAAAGAUUUUGUUGUGUACUUGGUUGAUGCUUCCCCAAAAAUGUUCAACACUACUUCUCCAGACGUGGAUAACAUGGAUGAAAAUCAUUUCCAUAUUGCUCUCAGUUGCAUCUCACAGUCAUUGAAAUCACAAAUCAUCAAUAAUUCAUAUGAUGAAGUUGCUAUAUGCUUCUUUAAUACAAGGGAAAAGAAGAAUUUGCAGGACUUAAAUGGUGUCUUUGUUUUUAACGCUGCCGAUCGAGAUCAGUUAGACAGGCCAACUGCAAGGCUAAUUAAAGAGUUUGAUCUUUUAGAGGAGUCAUUUAUGAAAGAAAUUGGGAGUCAGUAUGGUAUUGUCUCUGGAUCUCGAGACAAUUCUCUUUACAAUGCAAUAUGGGUAGCGCAGGCACUGUUGCGCAAAGGGUCUGCUAAGACUGCGGACAAGCGGAUACUUUUGUUUACCAAUGAAGAUGAUCCUUUUGGAAGUUUAAAGGGAGCUGUGAAGAUGGACAUGGUCAAUACGACAUUGCAGAGGGCUAAAGAUGCACAAGAUCUUGGCAUCUCAAUUGAAGUUCUACCCCUGAGUCGGCCUGAGGAGGAAUUCAACAUUUCUCUGUUCUAUGCUGACUUAGUUGGACUGGAAGGUGAUGAGCUAGCUCAGUUUAUGCCUUCGGCAGGAGAAAGGUUGGAAGAUAUGAAAGAUCAGCUGAGAAAGCGUUUAUUUAAAAAGCGCAUAGUUAGAAAAAUCAAUUUCGCAAUUGCCAAUGGUUUGUCCAUUGAACUAAACACAUAUGCUUUAGUUCGUCACACUACUCCUGGAGCAAUUACAUGGUUGGAUUCUGUCACCAACCAUCCUUUAAAGACUGAAAGGUCUUUCAUCUGUGCGGACACUGGGGCAUUGCUUCAGAAUUCUACUAAACUCUUUUACUCUUAUAAAAAUGAAAAUAUCAAGCUUUCUGUGGAAGAGCUAUCAGAGAUAAAAAGGGUGUCUGCUAGAAAUCUUCGUUUGCUUGGAUUCAAGCCAUUAAGUUGCUUGAAGGAUUACCACAACUUAAGGCCAUCGACAUUUCUUUUCCCAAGUGAAGAGGACGUAAUUGGUAGCACAUGCCUUUUUAUUGCAUUGCACAGAUCCAUGUUGCGGCUAGAGCGAUUUGCUGUUGCAUUUUAUGGCGUUCCAUCUCGUCCUCAAUUAGUUGCUCUUGUUGCUCAGGAAGAAAUAGUUAAGGCUGGUGGUCAGGUUGAGCCCCCAGGCAUGCACAUGAUAUAUCUCCCAUAUUCUGAUGAUAUCAGAGACAAUGAAGAGCUUCAUUCAAGUGUUGAUGCACCUUGUGCAACUGAUGAGCAAAUCAGAAAGGCUGCCUCUUUAAUAAAACGUAUAGACUUGAGAGAUUUUUCAGUAUGCCAAUUCGCUAACCCCGCUUUGCAGCGACAUUAUGCAGUUUUGCAGGCUCUAGCUUUGGAAGAAGAUGAGAUGCCAGACAUUAAAGAUGAAACAGUGCCUGAUGAGGAAGGCAUGUCUAGACCAGGCGUGGUUAAAGCUUUGGAAGAGUUUAAGCUUUCAAUCUAUGGGGACCAUUAUGAUGAGGAAAUCGAAAAUGCUGGAGACAAGAAGGAAAGUGAAGCCUCCAAAAAGAGAAAAGCUACUUCCGAAAUUGCAGUUCAGGAGUAUGCAAAGUAUGAUUGGAGUAAACUUGCAGACAACGGAGAGUUGAAAGAUUUGACUGUAACAGAGUUAAAGUACUAUCUAACAGCAAACAACAUUCCUGUUGCUGGUAAGAAGGAAGCUCUGAUCAGUAGAAUAUUGUCUCAUAUGGGGAAAUAAGCAAGGUUAGUUUGUUUUUUCAUGUAUACCAUUGUUAUGAUCUUUGACACAAGCUGUUCACCAGUGGUCAUUUUGUAUUUUGUACUUAAUUGUCUGUUGACACUUGCAUAAUAGAGAAGUGUUUAUUCUCUUUAAUAAUACAAUGAAGCGAAAAACAUGUAGAUGCAUUUCUCUAUAUUUGUGAUAUGAAUUGAAAGCUAAUUGGACACUGUCUUUUCUGUUUUAA